UAGUUCAAAAUGUGACCAGCAGGGGCAAAUGAGGCGCUGUAGUUUCAGUGUGCAUCCGUCACACUCCGAGUGACGCGGCACAUCUUCCGUUUCUGUUCUGUCCUGAACUCUGUUUUAUAUGUUAACGUUUGUCCUUUCGUCUUUCUUCGAGUGACGUCUUACAAUAUCCGAGUCAUCUUGGGCUUGAACUGAUAUGAGCUUGUUCGCUUGUUUGUGAAGCAAGCAUGUUGAGACCUUCAAAUUCUUCUGAUCACCAGUCAGAAUCAGCCAGGCCCUCCAAGAACAAGGAGCACCCAUCUAGGUCCCCAAGGAGACGGCGGGAGGGGAAGAGGUCGCAGCGACGAGGGGAUGAUCACAAACAGCUGCUGUGGGAGAUGGAGCGUCGGAGGUUGCCAGGCCAACACGAGCACUUGGAGCCCUCUGGUUCGUCGUGCGACACAGCGGAAAGCUCUCCUAAAAGACGAGCUCACUUUCUACAUGGACCUUAUCCAGCCACUCACUUCGGACCCAAAGCCUGCAUUCUUCCCAACCCAACUUCUGUCAUGCACAUCCAGGACCCUGCCAGCCAGAGGCUCACCUGGAACAAACCUCCAGUCAACGUGCUCGUCAUCAGGAAGAUCAGAGAUGAGAGUCUGGUCGAGCCGUUCAAACAGCUCUGCGGGUUUCUAGUGGAGGAGAAACAGAUGAUGGUGUAUGUGGAGCGCAGGGUCGCUGACGAUGUCACACUGUCAAAGGACGAGGCCUUUGGCUCCAUCCGCAAUCAGCUCUGCACCUUUAGGGAAGGUUAUGAUGAUAUCUCUGAUUGCAUCGAUCUCAUCAUUUGUCUGGGCGGAGAUGGGACUUUGCUCUAUGCCUCUUCUCUUUUCCAGGGCAGCGUCCCACCAGUUAUGGCGUUCCACCUAGGCUCUUUGGGUUUUCUGACACCUUUCAAGUUUGAAUCGUAUAAAACUGAAGUGGCUAAAGUGUUAGAAGGGAACGCGGCCAUCACUUUGCGCAGUCGCCUGAAGGUGAAGGUGGUGAAAGAUAUGCUUCAGAGGACUGGACAGCAGCCAACCUGCAGAGAAACGCAGCAGGAACACAACGGACUCCUUCCUCAUGGUCACACCAACAGUGAAGCUGGAAAGGUUACCCUGCAGCUGCAGGUGUUAAAUGAGGUGGUGGUGGAUCGCGGCCCAUCCUCCUACCUAUCCAAUGUGGACCUGUACUUGGACGGAAGACUCAUAACUUCGGUGCAGGGAGACGGUGUGAUUGUGUCCACCCCUACUGGGAGCACAGCAUAUGCAGCUGCAGCGGGAGCCUCAAUGAUCCAUCCCAAUGUCCCCGCCAUCAUGGUCACACCCAUCUGCCCACACUCGCUCUCCUUCAGGCCCAUCGUGGUUCCUGCUGGAGUAGAACUCAUGAUCGCCUUGUCCCCUGAUGCAAGAAACAACGUGUGGGUGUCAUUUGAUGGCAGGAGGAGGCAGGAGAUCCAGCAUGGAGACUGCAUUAAGAUAACCACCUCUUGUUACCCCGUUCCAUCUAUCUGCUGUCAUGACCUGGUGUACGACUGGUUUGAAAGUCUGGCCCAGUGUUUGCACUGGAACGUUCGCAAGAGGCAGGCCCGACUGGCAGACGUGUCCGACUCGUCAGAUACAGAAAACUGAAGCCUCGCAUGUUUUUGUUGCAGCUAGGUGACGCCGAGUUUCCCACUGCGGCUGAGGAGAAGUUUGGGAAACUCUGGACUGCAAUGGAAUAAGCUUAAAGAGCCAUCCUAAAAGGGAUUCAGUGUCUCGGUCAUUAUCUCAUUCCAGUGCAGUUUUAUCUGAAGCUUCUAGUGCAAAAGCAUGUCUCUCAUGCAGAAAUGACAACAAAUAAAUGACAAGUUAAACUGUGAUAAGUACGCAAAUGUCAUGAAUAAUAUUCAGUAGACAGCUUUAGUUUGACAACCCAUUCAUUUGUAUGUUUACCUAUAGAAGAAAUACAUGACUGGCUUUUAAAUGAAUGGGUAAAAAAUCCAAAUAACAUUAGUCAAUUGGAAAUAAGAACUUCUCAGUCCUGAAAUGUAAAUGUGUACAUAAAGGAUUCUAGCAGGAAUAUAUGUCAGGUUCUAUUUAUGUUUCGAUGACAUAACUUCAAGAUUUCAGUUGGAAAUAAUUAUAAUUACUUGAAACUUAAUUUAUAUCUUGAGGCAAUCAAGGAAAGCUGGAACUAAUUGUUUUCUGAUGCAAAUAAAACAUAAUCCAGAGCCUUCA